AUUUAUACAAAGACGUACCGCCAUAAACGAAAACUAGGGGAUUUUUCAAAGUCAUAGCGGCCAUUUUAUUCACGAAUGCAUCAGCCACCUCGUCGUCCAGGAGACCUACCUAAUCUCGACGAAAACCCCGUGGUAUACGAAAGAGCACGUCACCCGUCUUUUGCCACCAUUCACGCCAGACUAUCGACCUAUGAAUCAUGGCCUCCCGAAAAAGACCAAACGCCAGCAUCGCUCGCAGAGGCAGGAUUUUUCUACGCGGGUUUUAAUGACAAUGUAAAAUGUUUUUUCUGCAACGGCGGGUUGAAGAACUGGGAAGUUGGAGACGAACCGUGGAGAGAACACGCCAGAUGGUUUCCUAAAUGUGGAUUUUUAAAACAAUGUAAAGGACUAGAGUUCAUACGGAGCGUUGUGAGGUCUGGACGGGGAUCACCGCCUGGUAUCCCGGGAGGCGAACAGGGGGGUGCACCAUCUUCUCAAAGCCCACGAACACUGAGUGCUGAAUUAAGAAAACCCUAUGCUCGUGCUGCGUUAGAUGUGGGUUUUGAGGAAUCCGUGGUGAAGCAGGCCAUUCAACAAAGAUGGGAUACACUUGGAGAUGACUUCCCAAAUGCACCAGCUCUUUUAGACGCUGUAUUUGAACUACAGUCAUCUGACAGCAAACCACGUGACACUGAAUCCCCUGUCGAAGGUGCAUCUGCGCUCACAACACCCGAAAAGAAAGAAAAGUUGAAAGACGAAGGGAAGACGAAGACAGAGGACCCUUAUGAAGAUAUCAGAAAGGAAAACCAACGUCUCAAAGAACUGAAACUGUGUAAAAUUUGUAAAGCGGCCGAUGCUGAUGUCUUAAUUUUACCUUGUGCGCACAUUGUGUCUUGUGACAAUUGUAAGCGACACCUAUCUUUUUGUCCCGUCUGUGGCGGAAGGAUAACGGCACUCGUGAAAACGUAUCCUGCUUAAGAUGUAUUUCCUUUCAAUAGACAUUUACGGGAACUUUUGUUAUUCAGAUACUCGUAUUAUUGGAACCAUCAAUGCAUGAUAUAUGUAAUGCUUUACGUUACACAUUAUAUACAGGGUAUUGUAUAUCAAUAGGAUCUAUCCCCGUAUGUGUUCAUGG